AUGCGAGAUGGCACUUCUUCACAAGUAUCAACUCCAAACCCCUACCAGACACCACGAGACUUACAUCUUGCCCUCACUCCGAAUUCGCAUUGGCUAGAAUCAGAAUUUCCAGUCGCUGUGUACGCCAAGGGCGGUCCACAGAUGCCGACUUCCGUUCAAGCAAUGUAUAUGGAGAAGUCACAAAGAAUUUUGAAACAUCCAUGCAUCGACGACAUGAGAGUUCCUUUCCAGGAGCUUGAUCAGAUCAAUGCCGGACGCGUGAAGCUGGCUGCCAAAUGGAAGAUGACAGAAGAUCGCAUAUGUUAUAUGGAGGACACACUGAACAUGAACACUCACCAUGAGUCACCCAGCCAAUCAAGCUUGAGCCCAAGCAGAAACAUGACCAGACUGCCAGAUACAUCUCCAUACAACUCACCUCAAAUUUCAAUGGCUUCCCCUUCACCACGCAUUCGCGACCUAGGCUAUUCCCCCGGCAUCCACACCCCAGGCCCAACAAACACAAUCCUCGACGUCCCAGGCGUCCACAUCUCUCAACUCACCACUCCCACCACCACCACCAAAGCUUCUUCUACAGCCUCAAAAGGCCUGACAAUCAUAACCCCCCGAACCCCCUCCGACUACCACAAACCCCGCGCAGCUUCAACCUUCACCUUCAACGGCAACGGCGAACUAACCGGAACGACUGGGCCUUCAUCAACACGCCCCUCGCUUUCACAAAUUCUCUUUCUUUAG